AUGAAUACAAUCUCAACGACGAGUGCUACAAAAUUAUCAAAAGUUUUGCGAAAGACAAACGUUAUUUCCGAACACGAUGAAGAAGAUUUGGAAUCCAAUUCCACUAUAUGGACUGAAAACGGUACUCAAACUAAGUUCGGAAAGAAAACAAAACCAGGCACAGUUAUACCAAGAGGAUUAAAACAAAUUGUUCCAACGAAUAAACCAAACAAAAGAAAAGUAAAAUUAAUGAAUUGGAAGAAAUACCACAGACUGAACGUGAUUUACGCGUUUAUAGAUGAAUUGGAGAGGGAUUACCCGGCCAUUUGCACUGUCUCUGUCAUUGGGCAAUCGGUCGAGGGUCGCGAUAUUAAGAUGCUAAAGAUAUCAAACAGCGACGCCCGUAACUCAGCUAUAUGGCUCGACGCGUCGAUACACUCUCGUGAAUGGAUAAGCACGGCAGUUGUAACUUACAUAGCUGAUUACAUUGCAAGAAACUUUCACAGUCUACCUACUUCUAUUACUAAUAAGGAUUGGCAUAUUGUACCCAUAUUAAAUCCAGAUGGCUAUGAAUAUACCCAUACGCAUGACCGAAUGUGGAGGAAAAACCGAGCGAAACAUGACGGAGAGCGCGUUGGUGUUGAUUUAAAUCGAAAUUUUAGCUGCGGUUGGGGUAACAACGGUGACGAAGGUUCUUCAGAGGAGCCGAGCAGUGUAUUUUAUAGAGGACCAAUGCCAUUCUCUGAACCUGAAGCGAUAGCUGUAAGAGAUACAAUAUUGGGAUCCACAGUUAUAUUUAAAGCAUUCCUAUCGUUUCAUAGUUAUUAUGAACUGAUUAUAUUUCCAUGGGGCUACAAAAGAGAACCGUGUCCGGACUACUUAAAACUAUUAGAAGGCGGCGCAGUAAUGGCAAGGGCAAUAUUUGAAAGCAGCGGUGUGACUUACAAAGUAGGGAGCACAAAGGACAUGACAUACUAUGCAUGCGGCACUAGUACAGACUGGAGUUACGCGAUUGCAAAGAUCCCAUAUUCGUACAUGAUUGAAUUGAGGAGCAAAAAAUACCGAUUCAAACUACCCAAAGACCAAAUUAUGGAGACUUGCAAGGAAAUUCUUAGCGCCGUCAAAAGUUUGAUGGAAUUUAUUGAUCGAAAUUAA